GUAACGUAGGGAAAGUCAGUUCGACGUUGGCGCCGCAACAGACGUACCGGUGGUAGGACGCGCCUCCCUGUAAAAAGCCACCCUCCCGCCCCCGCCCUGCCUCGCCCAACGAAUUCGGGGGUACCACCCGCGAAAACGCUCUGUCGAUUAAUCGCGCGGGGGUUGCAUGUACGUGAGAGAGGGGGGCGGAAAACAAAGGCAAAGGAAAAGUAAGCGCGGAUGUGCCGCGCCGAUUAUUCGCGAGGGCAACAUUGUUGAGGAAAAACUUGAAAGAAAGAGACGAAGAAGAGAUAGAUAGAUAGAUCGUUCGCGUCCCAGAUCCGUGCCCAGUGCGGGGAUCGAGAUCGAUCCUCGGUGUUAAUCACGAGAGGGUGUGGACCACGUAUCCGCGGGAAUUACGCAGUGAUCGAGACGAGCGGGUAGCGCGGUGCACGCAGUGCCUUUUUCCUUUCGUUUUUCGCGCGGGUCACCGUCUUUCGGUCCCGCCCCUUCAACGGUUGGCACCGUCAUCAGUUCCACUCCCCGGUCCCGCGUGGACGCUGCAAGGCAACUGAGUGACUUCUCGUCUCCUCGCCGGACGUAAUUAUUCUCGACUCUCAUUCUCGCUGAGACUCCGGCCGCAGCAUGUUUUCGUCCCCGAGGGCUUUCCCGCCGAUUCUCGCCGUGGCGCUCGUCGUCUGCAUCGGUGUCGCGCACGGUAUUAGAUGUUACAAAUGUGGACAGUACAACGAGGGAGUUGGCAGCAUUACACCCUGCAUUAAUUACACCGCACACAUGCUGAUAGAAUGCCCACGCACGGACGAAUGGUGCAUCAAAUACGUCAGCGAAGGAUCGACGGUGCGGGACUGCGUGCCCCACUGCACGGAGAAAGAGGCCUGGAGCACGAGGACGUAUUGCUGCCAGCAGGAUGGCUGCAAUUCCGGCCCGUCGUUGACAGCGUCGAGCAGCACGUACCUCGUCCUAGCGAUCUCGCUGGCGGUCCUCAUGGUGUGCCGAAGCAUUCGUGGCUAAUAACGCGUCGUCCUGCAAAACGAGGGAUCCGCGCUGCCGCGGACGUCACACGGAACUGCAUCCUUCAUAAAAACUUCCAUCACAAAAAUUUGCACUGAAUGGGAAGGAAAGUGGGAGGGGGAAGGGAAACGUUGCACCUUGCAUCUCAGAUGUCUACGCCGAACGGUCGGGGCUCUCUACGUCGGACGGUUGUCGCUGAGACGUCGAUAGUCGUCCUUCAAUCCUUUUAUGAGAAAGCUGAAUGAAACUUCACGUUAACGUCACGAUAAAAUCGAACAUAUCCUCUUCUGACGAUCAACGUGCUUUUUGCUUUCUUUUUUAUGUCAGUACCGCGGAAUUUAACUAAAGGAAAGUUAAAACUCGCGAUAAUCAGCGAACGUUGCUGAUUUCGAAAGCACAAUGCCUGUUGAAAAAAAAUUCUAUUGGCCUUAUCAACUGCACAAUGGAUCACUGUGGAAAUUGACAUUGAUGUGCGUUAUUUCUGUUGCUCUUAUCGACUGACCGAUGCCAUCGAUUUAUUAAACUUGCUGAGACAACAUUUCUUAAAAAGAGUUGAUAACUCAAGUACUUCUACUGCUUCUAUAAUACAUUUAACUGUUUAAAUAACCAAUCUUAAAAAUUCUCCUUAUAAUACAUCUUUCGAACAUUUCGUUUUCUUUCAGUUCUUCCUUCUUUUAUCGGAGCUAUAAUACUGAAAGAUAAAUCCAACGUUGAGGGAAGUAAUUACACCGUUUUUCAGAAAUCCAGUUGGUCGAGUAAAUCUUCAUGGACGAUGGUUAAAAAAUUAUGAAACGUUUAUAAGUAAUAUGCAUGUUAAAUGUUGCGUCGCAAUUAUUCCUAAGCAUUUACGCUGAUUAAAUGUCGCAUCUAACCGAUUCCGUACCGUCGUCUUCCAUUUUCCGCGACGUAUCCACGUCGUCGUGCAAUCACGGCCGGCUCAAUUCAGCGAACGCUGAAUGCACUUGCUAAACUCGGCCGAGUUAAGUGACGCGGAGAAAUCGGCUCGUUAAAUCCAAUGCGUUAUCGCGCCAACUUCUCCCGUUGUUCGCUCUAUUAAAUUCGCACGUUUCCGCAUACUUUUUACAGACUGCCCUCGAUGAUAAAGUUCUCUCGAUCGAGUUUGAUUGAAACUUCGUUUGACGAAGUCUCGCUUCCGAAUUGAGAUCUCUUCUGCGCCAGAUGAGGCAAUGUGUUGCACAAAAUUAUUGUUAUCAAUGACGAAUUCGUUACAAAUUUUUCUUAUCUAAUUAGGACAACAGGAAGAUCGUGUGCAGAAUUUUUUAAAUAAUAUCUGGCCCAAUGUUCCGCAGACAUGUGCUCCGCACGCAACAAUGAAAUAAUCGGGGUAGUAGCGAUAUUUAACACUCGUGCAGCACGCGAUUCGAGGACAACAAAGAAUCGCCCGAAAAUAGUCGUCACUAUCAUCAUCGUAUCGCGCUUAUCCGCUUUUACGGUAGCUUUCGUGCUUUCCGGCUUUGUAAACGGAAAGCACGAAACUUCCCUCGCGGGACGCAUGAUCAGCUUUUUCCCCGUUGUACCAGACUGCAUUUUUUGCAGUCAGAAUAAUUCUCCCGUAGCUAACUAAUCGAUUUAUAAUUCAUAAAAUUUUGCUUGGAAAAACGGACUCUCAAACGAGAAAAUAAUGAUAUCACGUUGGAUCUAUCUUUAAGAUUUUCUCAGAAUCUUAAUUUAAAGAAAAUAUACGAGGAGAAAAGCACAAUUUGGAGCACAUUUUCUUUGCGGAAAAAAAUCUACCCUAUGAUGGAGAAAAACAAGUUCGAACAAAAGAAAGGGGAGAUACAAGGUAUCCUCAUAUAUGUGUCGUUCUUCGCGUCAUGAUUUUUUCUCCCUCGAGCUCGGGCUGGUCAGCUUCCUGAGCGACGACAUUCUCUCGGUCUUCGACGGCGGAUUGAAUUUAUUCAAAAAGUUUCAGCGCCCCAUUUUUCGUCGGGCAUUUUAUCGACGCUUCUUCUAUCCAUCCGCCGCCGUUGCUCCGGUCGCGUACAUGCGAGUUUAAUAACAUCGGGACGACCGGUGGCGGAUCAGGAGAAGCGACGACCGAAGAAGAGUGCAGGGGCUGAUAUAUCAAUAUUUCGUACGAACGUCACGCGAUGUGUUUGAGUUUUAUAAAUAUUUCGGCGUGUCAUGCGCUUGUCAUUAUAUAUCACCCUUUCCUAAGUCGCGCGCCACGCGAGAAUGCCGGAAUUGUUAUUAACUCAUUAAAGCGUAACUCUUUGAGUUAUUUUACAAGAAACUGUCGACGAAAAUAUAGUCGGUUCGGAAAAAGAUUUAUAAAAUUUUAAGUACGCCCGCGCUUCUAAACAGACAAAGAUAAAUCCUAUAGAAGAAAAGAUUGAUCAUAUUAUGUUAGAGUUUCUAAAAAGCGAAGUUCAUAAGUUGCUUGCUACAUGGUACAUUUUUUAAAUUAUCUUGAAUGUUUGAAGAGUGAAGCUAUAAAAAUGACGUAGCAAGAAGAAUCAGGACAACUAAGGUUGCCGGUACGCUUUAAUGAGUUAUUGAUGCCCGAAGGUGUCAAAAUGCCAAUAUCGUUCAGCAACAUUGCCCUUUCAUGGAAACCUUUUUAAAAUAGUUAAAUCCUCUCAUCCUUUUUGAUGCUGUGGCGGUGUUAUCGAUUGCAUUGUGAUCGUAUCAAUAUGAAGCCCAGCAUCUUCCAUUAUGAAGAAAAAUUCGCUACAGUAAUAAAAACAAUUUAAUCUUUCGCGAUCCUAUUUUUUUCGCCCUUUAUUCCUGCAAAGGUGAUUAUCGUUUGAAUAAUAAACUUUAUUAUCAUAUCAAUAUUAUUAAUAAAAAGUUCAAGCUCGUUUGCACCGAACAUUUUGCUAUUUCAUGCACAUAAGAGAUAUUUCUCAGAAGCACAAGUACGAGAUGGUAGUCUCUUGGAACAUAAAAAGUAAAUAAAUUAUUAGUAGCGAUAAAUCAAAAAUUGAAUGUAUUAUCUACAGAGAAAAUGCAUUAAGCUCUGCCAAUAAAACGAGCAUCUGUCAGAAGUUAAUUCCUUUACCUCGUACAGUUCUAAACGUUUGUAAUAUAUAUUGAAAGAGUUUAAUAGUUUCUUGCAUAUUUAACGAACAUCCAAUGUUUCUUUCCACAAGAGCAGUUCACAAUUAAGUUUCGUUCAUUGUCUUUACAACAAGAUCAAUGAGUAGAGAUGCAAAGAGAGAGGGUAUCGCACACACCGUUGAAGUAUCUCAAUCCGAAAAUUUCAAUCAAGUCAAUUCAAUUACGCAAAGCGGCCUGUUUCUUUGACGACUUGAGACGUCUUUAGCCUUUUACCGACUCGCGACGAAAGAGAGAGGAAGAGAGAAAGAGAGAGCACCGACAGUUCGACAGUUCCGCCCGAGUAGAAGAAAAUGACUCGUCGUGGCGACGUUCUCCGCGCGAAAAUCAGUAUCGAUACAUUGGACCAUAAUCGUUGUCAACGACAUCGACGUUACUAAAGACCGAACAUUUGGGAGAGCUGAUGCAGCAACGGAGCCGUGGCGGCAGCGACAACGUGAAACAAAAUGUUGCUUCUGUCGCUCGACGGACACUAGCCGUAAGACACACAAAGACAAAGAAGAGGGGAAAAAAAAGAAGAGGGUCGAAUAAACAAAUAACGUGGAUAAAACCUACAUACAGAUAACGUUUAACAGAGAAACAGUGAGGAUAACAAUAAUGAUGUUAUUACUACUAUUACUACUAUUAUUAUUAUUAUUAUUAUUACUACUAUUGCUACUAAUUACCAUUACUAUUGUGAACUACUGUGCAUCUCACACCGAGUAUACAUAUAGUAGUUACGAGAUCGAUUAGGCGAACGCGAGCAAGCGGAGUUGUCGAUUAUUAUGUAAUCGCUUUAAAGUAGCCUUAUAAAAAUUGUAAUUAAAGCGCGGAUAAUCUACGUCUACACCGGGUGGCGCGAAGGGACGCGAUUUUAUCCUCGUCGUAUCUUUGUUUUCAUAUCGGUCAAAGUUCAUCAUUUAAUUAAUUCAAUGUCAGAGAACCUUCACUUGUGAUUUCUGAUCCGUUUUUCUCUCGAUUCGCAGCCUCCCUCAAAAUUGGCGAUAUUUGAAAUGUCAUUUACGAGGAUCAAUCCUUCUGUUUCGGAAACGAAGAAGGGGACCUCGUACUGCUCCUCUUGCGUCACUCGGUGAUCACAUACAUCAACGUAAUGGAUCACGAGCAGGUAGACAAGAAAUUUUAAAAAAAUCCUAAAAAGUAGCGAGAUUCGUAUUAGCCGAUAAGCAGCGAGGGCGAUCACGAGUAGUGUAUAAUCUGUUGUCUGUUCACAGAAGGAAGGGUUUAGCGAUCGCAUUCCGGCAACACGAACGUCCGAGAGACGUUGUAUUUCAAAAAUUUAUAUAGACAGACAGAGACGGCCGCCAAUAUUCAUAAGAUGUAAUAAAAUAUCCAAGAUAUAAUUAACAAUCCGCAUAACAAGGCGAGUAGCGAGUAACGAAUAUUGUCAUUGUUCGUCGCGCAAACAAAUAUUAAAUAUUUUUAUUCGCGUAUACAUAAAACGAAUAAUGAAUAAUCCGAUUCCGCUAUUCGAACGACAGAGGACUACGUCUCUCAGCUCUCAUCCCUUAAGACGUCCUCCGGACGUUCGCGUUGCAGGAACGAACUAUCUGUUCUCGCAAUUUAGAGGCAGACGAUUUAUCUAAAGUUAGAUUAACUAUCAAGAGUCUUUAGGAUAACCGUUAAAGCUAAUCUAUUUCCCAUCUCGAACGUCGGCCGAUCUAAACGUCGAUUGUUAUUGUUGGAGGUGUACAUCAAGGUAACCGUAGGGCGGCAGCGGUACGAGAUUAAUCGUUGACAGAGCGUCGGCCCGCAUUGACUUAGUAUAAUUAGCGUAGGAUCUCGAUAGGAUCGCCCUUCUCGACGACGAUUAAUACUCCGAUCGCGGAAUCGCGUGAACCUCGUGCGAUUAGACGCCUCGGCGAGGAGGAUUAUGUCAGAUAACGCGUCGCUGGAUUACAUCGAGAGAGGGACUUCAAGUCGUUCAAAUUCAACUCAUUAGCCGCGCUGAUCGAAAAUCUAUUUAACGCCGAUACGUCUUGCUUAAGCCUCGUCUAUAUUUUUAUAAACUCUAAGGUAGCACCAGAUCGAUCACCAUCACCACACCCGCGGACCGCCUCUCAACUAUUAUUCUUAAAGCUAUAACGAAUUAAAUUCUCACUACGGCUUCAUUCAAAUAUUAUUUUGCAACGAGCGACACAUUAUUUCGCCGUAGCUGCAUUCAAAUUUAAUCUGUACACAGAAUAUUUAUACAGAUGAUUCUUUAAUUAAUGGUUAUAAUUAAUCGGAAUUUCGAGAUGAGAGCCCAUUUCACGCGAAAGAUAUUUUGAUAAAUGCCAGCAAUUACGGGAUUAACUGAAAUUGGCUGGUAAUUGCCAGAGCAUCUUUCUCUCUUUUUUUUUUUCGAAAGAGGAGCUCUCGUGUUUCGAACGUUUCGGACCUCAUCUCGCUCUAAAAUUCCGUAAGGAUAGAGAAACGUAUCACCAAAAAAAAAAGUUGCACAGACGCGCACUGACAGGACACACGGAACCUCUCAGACGUUCACACCGUAACGAUUUAUAGGUGAUUUCUUAGCGUUAAAUAUUAUACUGUCUCGCGAAGGAAACGCUCGAUAAUAACUUCAAUCGUUGCGAGUUCUAUCAGCUUCUGUCGGCAACAAGAUCGUGAGAAAAUAUCGCUGUCGGAUCACUCGGCCCUCAACCCGCAACCUUUCCACGAGCGAUAAUUACAUUUCGCAGUAAAUUACGUUCAUAUUGUCGAAUAUUUCCACCCGUUUAAAUCGAAAUCGAAUUGAUAAAAAAACUUCUCCUGCAAUCAUUACCUGUAUAAUUCAGUAUGAAUGGAACGGUUCCUAUUUCAAUUUGAUCAUCGGUAUCGAAAGAAGAACAAUCAUAAAAUAGACAUCCAAACGCGCAUUAUAUAAUAUAAAAUUACAAUUAAUGAUAAUUGUUAAGCCGAGUGAUUUGCGCGAUAAUUAUUAGAGUUAUAUAAAUAUAUAUACAUAUAUAUAUGUAUAUAUACAUUUAUAGAUGUAUAUAUGCACAUAUAUAUACAUUAUGUAAAACUACAUCACACAUAUUGCAUUACAUUAUAUAUAUAUAUAUAUUAUAUUACAUUAUAUUAUUUAGUUACGUAAGCAGAAUCAUAUGUAUGACGAGUUGUACAUUUAUAUUAGACACACACAGCAAUAAUAAAAACUAUACUCCGAAUAA